UUACACAAGCCUUAUCACAGACUUUUACACAACCUUAUCACAACAAUACUACUAGACUAGUGCUGCUGUAGCCUCUUGUUGCUUAAUUCACUAAUUCACUUUUUCCCAUACAAACACGUCAGGCAGGUCAAACUUCAGUCCAUUCCUAAUAAACCUUGAUGCAGAACAGAGCGAAUUGGAAUGGGAGUUGAUGUACCACUGGAAGCUUCAUCUCAGCUGUAGUGAUACCAUGAAUACGAGAAAACAUUUGCUGUGUGCAGCACGGUACUCAAUGCCAACUAUUGGCUUGAGCCUUAUUUCUGCAGGCGCUUACAUUAAGUCCAUCCAAAAUGAACAAGUGCAAAUACUGAGAGACAUCUCAACUUACCUUUUUAUCAUCCUGGGCUUCAUCCUGCUAGUCAUUGGAGUGUUGUGGUCUCUCGGUCAUGGAAUGAAGAAUGUGCUGCUUAAACGUGCAUUGAGAAGGUCGAGAGAUGCUGAUGUCCUGGUUUUUACUGUAGACAGGUCAGAAUUCUAUCCACCAUCAUAUGAGCAAUCUCAAGUGAGGGAUAAUAACCAGCCUUUCCCCACUGUUCUUUCUAUUUCUUCAAGCAUGGGAUGUGCUGGCCCGGCUCCCCCAGUUUACACACUGACCUGCUAUGAGAACUCUUUUGAAGACUUCAGUCAUGAGGAACCACCUACGUAUCAACAAGCAGUUCUUCAGAGCCAGGCUGAAUCACAAGCUGCUCGUUUAGCCACAAACAGUUUUGUAGAGCCGGUCUGAACAGCUGCUGAUGGACAAAUCCCAGAGUGAUGUAAGGUUUUGAAAGGAUUUUGAGACUCCUAAUUGUCCCUGACCUUAGUGUCAAUAGGGGUAAUAAUACUGUGAGCCUCUUGCUUGCUUGGAUCAUAACUAGAAGAGGUUUUCCCAAAAAUAAAUAUGAAGCGCUUUAAUGAAAUCCUUAUGGAGCCCAUGAGCAUUGUGAUGUUAGUAAAAAGAAAACCUGAAAAAAAUGUCUAGUUUAGUCUAGUCUUUGUAUUUCCUAAGAAUAUGAUAUUGCCAGUAUUUGUCAUUUCCAAAAGCGCACAAAGAAUUCAAUAAUGAUCAAAAUCUUUUUGAAAAAAAGUUCUGCUUUAAAUGUGUUCAUUCUUAAAGAUGUAAUAUCAUUAGGUCUCU